GGACAUAGGAUGGCAGAGCUAAUUGGAGUAUCUAACGGGACAUGCGGACGGGCUGAUUUCUUCUAAUAUUUCAAGUGCUGUUUGUGUUGGUGUGAGGCCUCACCAUGCCGCUGGUGAAGAGGAACAUCGAGCCACGUCACCUCUGCCGAGGGGAGCUCCCCGAGGGCAUCGGCAGCGAGCUGGAGUGUGUGAUGAACAACACGCUCUCUGCCAUCAUCCGCCAGCUCAGCAGCCUGAGUAAACAUGCAGAGGACAUAUUUGGCGAGCUGUUUAACGAGGCCAACACCUUCUACCUGCGUGCCAACUCUCUCCAGGAUCGCAUUGACCGGCUGGCCGUCAAGGUCACGCAGCUGGACUCCACUGUGGAGGAAGUUUCUCUGCAAGAUAUCAACAUGAGGAAGGCCUUUAAGAGCUCCACCACUCAGGACCAGCAGGUGGUGUCCAAGAGCAGCGUGCCCAAUCCCGUCAGAGAGAUGUACAACCUGAGCGACAAGCCUCCACCUCUCAGCAUCCUCUCAUCUUACAGGGAUGACCACAAGGAAGCACUUAAGUUCUACACCGACCCCUCCUACUUCUUUGACCUGUGGAAAGAAAAGAUGCUGCAGGACACUGAGGACAAGAGGAAAGAGAAGAGGAAGCAGAAGGAGCAGAGGCGUUGUGUGGAUGGGACAUUACAGAGAGAGGUUAAGAAGGUCCGCAAGGCGAGGAAUCGUCGGCAGGAAUGGAAUAUGAUGGCUCUGGAUAAAGAGCUGAGGCCAGACCAUCGACACACCAUCCACCGAGACAGAGGGGCUUCCUCUGAGGGCUCAAUGUCACCAGAGAACAGGUAUGUGUUGUAUUUCCUCAUUUUCCUCACCAGACACAUUACAUGUUUACAUAUCGGUCUGGUGUCAAACAUCCUGCAAUGUGCUGUAUUGUUAGGGUCCGAGCACCCAAAGAGGGUGCGAAGACUCUAUUGGAACUGCUAGGGUUUAUUAUUAUUUCUUCAUGACAAUGAAACGCGUUUUUGAAGUACACAAUGUAAUCACACUCUCACCAAACUCGACACACACAUCAGACCCGGCGAAAAAUUUUAUAAUUAGGGGGAAAUCCUCACCUCAAUAGCAAAAUGGCUCAACAGCGCCCCCUACAAAAUUACAAAAAAUGGGCCCCCGAACACACUUUCACGUACAGCCACGAAAUUCGGCACACACAUGUAACAACUUGAGACGCACAAAAAAGCCUCAAGAACACAUACCCGAAACUCAACAGGAAGUCGGCCAUUUUGAAAAAAAUGGCAGCUCGCCGCUGAAAAUCGGCCAUUUAUGGCCGAUUUUCAAAAUUUACCUCCUCUAGGGGGUAAGUCGUACACACCUGAAAUUUGGCCAGCACAAACUACACGACGUGGUGAUUAAAAGUUAUCAAAACGCUCCGCAGAUGAGGCCCGGUUUGGAAAUGGCGGCCCGUGCAAUAUUGAUCAAUGACCAUUUUCGCUGAAAAUCGGCCAUUUAUGGCCAUUUUGCCCAUUUUUUGGGUGUUUUCGGCAUUCAACGGGGUGCUGUCGGAAGGCCGUUUCAUCUACACCUACAAGAUUCGGUGGGCAUGUGUAGCAGGUUGGGACGCACACCGACUGUCUCAGUCGCACUCCUGUGAGAAGUGAGGACCCGACCAAUGCCGCUUGCGGCUUUAAUUUUCGAGUGGGCGUAAAACUAACUGCUCAUCUACUGGCUUCUAAAGAACCAAAAAAAGAAAACAAAAACAAAAACAACAAAAAAAGAGAAAGAAAUAGAAAGCUUUUGAGGGGGACCAAAUUUGUCCAACUGUUCAGUCUUUACAAUCCACUUAAUUUGCAGAAACAUAUCAGAUAUAAUAGCCUACCUUUAUUAACAUGCAUAAAAUACAACAUUGAAGUUCUUAUAUUUUGUUUCCUUAACAUUGAUAUAUACUGCUGUGCUUCUCUGUACACACACUUUGAUAGUGGAA